AUGUCGUCGAGGAGACGCCACGGCGCCGUCGCACCGCUGACCGCUUCGAGCUGCGCGGACUCCGUGCGGCCGCUGCGGUCCAGUCGAUCUACUCUCACACUAUUCUAUAAGGAAAAUCCCACACCAUCCCGGUGCCUCGGAGUUUUUGGCCUCAGUUUAUACACAACUGAGCAGCAAAUUCACCAUAUCUUCUCCAAAUACGGACCUGUUGAUAAAGUACAAGUUGUUAUAGAUGCUAAGACUGGACGAUCACGUGGCUUCUGCUUCGUGUAUUACGAAUCCCAAGACGACGCGAAAAUUGCUAAAAACGAGUGCACCGGCAUGGAGAUAGACGGGCGCCGGAUCCGGGUGGACUACUCCAUCACGCAGCGAGCGCACACGCCCACUCCCGGCAUAUAUAUGGGGAAACCCACGCAUCUUGGUCGUGGUGACAAUGGAUAUGAUAGAAGAAGGGACAGAGACGGUGGCGAUUACUACUCGUACCGCGGCGGCGGCGGCGGUGGCGGCGGAGGUUACCGCGACCGCGAGCGAGACUACUACGCGCGCGGCUACCGGCAUCGCUCUCCGUCGCCGCACUACCGCCGCUCACGCCGCUACGAACGAGAACGCUCCUACUCGCCACGUUAUGAAACAAGAAAAGGAUGAAGAUCCUUGAAACUUUUUUGCAAGUUUGUGAAAUUCAAAAAUAAUUGAAACGGCCGUCGCCCGGACUGGCCCGGUCAGCAUCGAAAAGAGAAAGUCGGGGACGAGGCGAAGUUUCGCGAAACCAAUCGCUAAAAGAAUAUGAUCCGAGGCGAAAGACGUCGUUCACAGCAAGACGCAUGUGUCAAGCAAGAUAUCAAUCAAUCAACCCAACCACAGAUCAUAUUCUUUGUUGACCGACUUGUUUCUGACACUCGAUAUUACCACCCACACACAACACAGACUCACCAUACUUACACACCGCUGACAGUAGACACCCCUAGCAUAUUUUGUAUUCUAUGUAUAUGACUUAGUUUGUUGAUAUCUAGUGUAGACUUGUGUUGUGAGUGACUUGUUAAUAAAAUGAUAAUUUUAUAACAUCA